UUUGGCGUGCUUUGAAAAUUUAAGGCUCAAAAUUGUCUCAUUCUUUUCAAAAUUAGGAAAAUUAAAUGUAGAAUAGCGAAAGGUAGGAGAGAGAGAUAAUAUCUUACACCUUUUCUUCUAUCAAAUGCACUUUCCUCAGGUGAGGGGAAUCACAGAGAGAGAGAGAGAGAGAGGGUGAUGGCUGUCCAGUUGGUGCUCCUGUUCCGAAUCAUCAUAUUUCCAUGGCUAAUCAAUUCAUCCAUGGCAGCAGCUUCUGUAGCAAAACCUGGAUGUUCAGAUAGGUGUGGAAACGUAACAAUUCCAUACCCUUUUGGAAUUGGAGAAGGUUGCUACAUGGAUUCAGGUUUUGCAGUAACAUGCAACAAAACAUCUCUUCCUUACAGACCUUACUUAACUAGCAUCAAUUUAGAGCUACUCCGAGUUUCACUAGAAUCCACCCUAGUUCGUGUCAACAAUCCUGUGCUCAAUUCUAAUUGUCAGGAUCGGCCGCCAGUCUCCGACUUGAGCUUUUCCGGCAGCCCCUUUUCAUUUUCAGAUAACAAUAGGUUCACUGCACUAGGAUGUAACAAUCUUGCCUUGAUAUACAGGCAAGAUAUGGUAAUUGGUGGUUGUUUAUCAAUUUGCAAUGUUACUGUGACGGAAAGCAGUUGCUAUGGCAUAAAUUGCUGUCAGACUUCAAUUCCGCCUUAUCUUAAGUUUAUUAAUGCAUCGUUAAGAAGCAUCGAUCCUGUUCCUGAUGAGCAGUGCAGGGUUGCGUUUAUGGUUGACAGAGAAUGGUUCAGUUCUAAUGCAUCAGAUAAUAUAUCUGCAUUGCUAGGUGCGAAACAAGUUCCUGCAGUGUUGGAAUGGGGUAUUAGUAAUGGAACUUGCGCUGAUUCACCGGGAGCGGAAAACUCAACUGAUAUCUGUGGUAGUAAUGCUUCAUGUUCGGUCAAAGUUGGUAUAAAUUAUCAAUGUUCUUGCAAUCAGGGCUACGAAGGAAAUCCAUAUCUUUCUUGUCAAGAUAUCAACGAAUGUGAGGACUCACAAAAGAAUAAGUGCAGCAUGAUAUGUGUAAAUACACCAGGAAGCUACAAAUGUUCUUGCCCUGACGGCUAUAUUUCUAUGGGAAAUAAUUGCUACUUAACGGACGGCUAUACUGAACGAUUUAGACCGGUGAUCGCAAUAGUUUUAAGUGCCGGCCUUGGAAUACCCUUCCUACUGAUAGGGACGUGGUGGCUAUACAAGGUACAAAAAAGGCGAAAAGAUGCGAAGCUUAGGCAGAGAUUUUUCAAAAGAAAUGGGGGCCUUUUAUUGCAGCAACAGCUAUCUUCGAGUGAAAGUAGUAUAGAGAAAACAAACAUGUUUACUGCAAAGGAGCUGGAGAAAGCUACUGACCACUAUAAUGAGAAUAGAAUUCUUGGUCAAGGAGGGCAAGGCACCGUUUACAAAGGCAUGUUAACUGACGGGAAAGUUGUUGCAAUCAAGAAGUCAAAAAUAGCUGAUGAAAGUAAAACUGAGCAGUUCAUAAACGAAGUGGUAAUUUUGUCUCAGAUUAACCACAGAAACGUUGUUAAGUUACUGGGUUGUUGCUUGGAGACAGAAGUUCCACUACUAGUUUAUGAGUUCAUUCCUAACGGAACACUCUAUCAACACUUGCAUGACCCAAGUGAGGAGUUUCCGAUUACAUGGGAAAUGCGCUUACGAAUUGCCAUUGAAACUGGAAGUGCUCUGUCCUAUUUGCAUUCUGCAGCUUCAGUGCCUAUAUAUCAUCGAGAUAUUAAGUCUACAAACAUACUUUUGGAUGAUAAAUACAGAGCCAAAGUAUCAGAUUUUGGCACAUCGAAAUCAAUAGCAGUUGACCAAACUCAUGUGACGACCAGGGUACAAGGGACUUUUGGAUACUUGGAUCCUGAGUACUUCCAGUCAAGCCAAUUCACAGAAAAGAGCGACGUCUACAGCUUCGGGGUAGUGCUUGUCGAGCUCUUAACUGGACAAAAACCAAUAUCUUCAGCAAGAGCAGUUGAAGAGAGAAGCCUAGCAAUGUAUUUCUUACUUUCCAUGGAGCAAAACCGUUUGUUCGAAAUCCUCGAUGCACGUGUUCUGAAAGAAGGUGGCAAAGAAGAGAUUCUAGCAGUUGCAAAGCUAGCAAGAAGAUGUUUGAACCUGAAUGGGAAAAAAAGACCUACAAUGAGAACAGUUGUGACAGAAGUGGAAAGGAUCAGAGCAUCACAGCAAGGAACUUGUUUCACCAAUGGUGAAAAUGAUUAUCAAGAACUAGAUUGUUUUGUAAGCGAUUAUAAUGCUCCAUGGGAUGUUGCUUCCCCUUCAACUGCAUCAAAUUCUUAUACCAGUUUGUCUGUCUCAUCAACUGGCAAACUUCUACUUUAUAAUUAACUCCUUGAACUAUUUUAUAUGAAACUAAGGUUCGUCUUUGGCA